GGUGGAUUUCAUGCGCCAUGCAGCCGCGGGUCUGACGGAGGGGAAAAGAGCUAACAGCUGUGGAGAAGGCCGCGGCGGGAUUCAGGAAUUCAGUUCGGAUUGAAAUAUUAAAUCAUUAGCUGACAUAUAAACAACAAAAGUCGGUGAAAAAAAACAUUAUGGAGGAGAAGAAGGAGGAGGGCGAAGCGGAGAUCCAGGAGCACGGACCCGAGCACUGGUUCUCCAAAUGGGAGCGGCAGUGCCUGGCUGAGGCCGAGCAGGACGAACCGAGCGAGGAGGAACCGGAGCAGAGCCGGCAGAAGCUGUGGCAUCUCUUCCAAAACUCUGCCACGGCGGUCGCGCAGCUUUAUAAAGAUCGAGUGUGUCAGCAACAGGGGCUUUCUCUGUGGGUCCCUUUCCAAAACGCUGCUACUGCCGUCACCAACCUGUAUAGAGAGAGUGUUGAAGUGCACCAGCGCAGCUAUGAGUUAGGCAUUCAGAUCGGCCACCAGCGCCGCAACAAAGACGUGCUCGCCUGGGUGAAGAAGAGGAGGCGGACCAUCCGGCGCGAGGACCUCAUUAGCUUCCUGUGCGGCAAAGCCCCACCCCCACGGAGCUCCCGGGCUCCACCUAGAAUCGCCAUGGCGCCGUCCUCGGAGACGAGCUCAUCUGUGGAGACGGACCUGCAGCCAUUUAGGGAGGCCAUCGCGUUGCACGGCCUGAGCGGCGCCAUGGCGAGUAUAAGCAUGCGGUCCGGCGCACCGGGAUCGCCCACACACCUGAGCGCCGGCUCCACCCCCGGGCGCCGUAGGAACGGUCUCCACGACGUCGACUUGAACACCUUCAUCGCCGAGGAGAUGGCACUCCACCUGGACAACGGCACCCGCAAGCGGAGCUCCGCCCAGUGCAGUGAUGUCAUCACAGACUCGCCCACCCACAAACGCAAUAGGAUGAUCUGAGCUGCGUGAACACCGUCGACACGAAGAAAAGGAAACAAAAAGAUUACGAGAAAAUCAAACAAACUAAAAAAGCCACUUGUCAGUCAUCCUCCCAUCUCUACUCCGAACGGGAAAACCUUGUGGCGUCCCGCCGCUUUCCUCCACGUCGAACGAAAAGAAGCGAGUCGGGAGGCGGAGCUCAGUGCAAAGUGCCCUUCCAUGCGAUUACGUCUACAUACACUCACACACCUUUAAUUCACUUUCUGUUUGUGUUGAAUGUCCGAGCGUGUACGAUGAAACUUGUACUGAAACUGUGUGUGUGUGUGAGUGGUGUGAAUGUGAAGGUGUGUGUGUGUAUAAACGGUGUGUGUAAGUGGUGUGAAUGAUAUGAGUGUGAAGGUGUGUUUUUGGUCUGGUGUGUGUAAGUGUGUGUGAUGCCUCCUCCAAACAGCGCCUGUCACUGCCCCAGCUCAGCUACCACACUGCGGCUUAAAGACAAGUGUUUUUUUUUUUAAAAAUUGUUAUUAUUAUUAUUUUAAUUUUAAAUAUGUACAAUGUUAUUUGUAUUUUUAUUUUAUUUCUUGCCUUCUUUUUGUUUUGCUGCUCCAGAAGCAGGCACAAGUGCUCCAAACGCAGUACUUACUCUGUUGAGCAUGACCCCGAAUCACUUUUUUAUUUUAUUUUAUUGUUAUUUUUCUUUGACUGUGAAGCUCUCCUCCUUCUCAUGAGUUCAUUCUGUAAUCUUCCACUUCUCUUCCUCUUCCUCCUCUCACUUCUUCCUCUUCUUCCUCCUCUUCCUCAGCACAUCUCCGGUGUAACAUUAUGAAAUGUAAAUAACAGUAGGUGCUGACAUAGACUUGUGGUACAUAUUGUAAAAAAGAGCUGUGCAGAGACCAUUGAAUUGUUAAUGUACAAUAAUGAUUCUUGCAUUAAAGAAAUGAAGCUUUUAACUAAA